CCCGAGUGAGAUACCGGUUGAGAAGCGCAGUUGCAGAAAAAUAUAAAGGAAAUUGGAUUAGUCAAAGAAUAACACCGUGUCAUUUGCGCAGAAGGAAAUAUAUUAUUUCCAACAUACAAAUUGUUAAAGGUAAAUGUGGAAUUUAAGCUGAAUACAAAGCGACGCGAGGGAAGGCAACUAAUUGUCUAACCGGGGCUCCAAGUAAGUUGCCUCCCUAGCGGCGCUUUAAAGGGGAAAGACACACCAGAUAAUAACAGCGGUGAAAAUGGACUAUGAUUUCAAAGUUAAACUAACCGGAGAGAGAGAACGCGUAGAGGACCUGUUUGAGUACGAAGGAUGCAAAGUUGGGCGAGGGACAUACGGUCAUGUGUACAAGGCGAAGAGAAAAGAUGGGAAGGAUGAUAAAGACUACGCUCUGAAACAAAUCGAGGGUACAGGCAUCUCCAUGUCGGCGUGCAGGGAAAUAGCUUUGCUUCGAGAGCUGAAGCACCCCAAUGUGAUCUCACUGCAGAAAGUUUUCCUGUCACAUGCAGACCGCAAAGUGUGGCUUCUCUUUGAUUACGCAGAGCAUGACCUCUGGCACAUCAUUAAGUUCCACAGAGCCUCCAAGGCCAAUAAGAAGCCUUUGCAGUUGCCACGAGGGAUGGUAAAGUCUCUCCUCUACCAGAUCCUGGACGGCAUCCACUAUCUGCACGCUAACUGGGUCCUGCACAGAGACCUGAAACCUGCAAAUAUAUUAGUAAUGGGGGAGGGACCAGAGAGGGGGCGUGUAAAAAUUGCGGACAUGGGCUUUGCACGCCUCUUUAAUUCACCACUGAAGCCUUUAGCAGACCUGGACCCUGUGGUGGUCACUUUCUGGUACAGGGCGCCUGAGCUACUGUUGGGAGCCAGACAUUACACCAAAGCCAUCGAUAUCUGGGCGAUCGGCUGCAUUUUUGCUGAGCUCUUGACAUCGGAGCCCAUAUUCCACUGUCGGCAGGAGGACAUAAAGACCAGUAACCCGUACCACCAUGAUCAGCUGGAUCGCAUUUUCAAUGUUAUGGGCUUCCCUGCAGACAAAGACUGGGAAGACAUUAAGAAGAUGCCAGAACACUCCACUCUGAUGAAAGACUUCAGAAGGAACACAUACACUAACUGCAGCCUUAUAAAAUACAUGGAAAAGCAUAAAGUCAAACCUGACAGUAAAGCAUUCCACUUGCUGCAAAAACUGCUUACUAUGGACCCGAUCCGCAGGAUCACGUCUGAACAGGCCAUGCAGGACCCAUACUUCCUAGAGGAGCCUCUUCCCACCUCUGAUGUCUUUGCUGGUUGUCAAAUCCCUUAUCCCAAGCGAGAAUUCCUGACUGAGGAGGAGCCUGAGGACAAGGCAGAUAAAAAGAACCAGCAGCAGCAACAGGGGAACAACCACACCAAUGGGGCAGGGCACACGGGUAACCCCGACAACAGCCAUGCACAAGGCCCCCCUCAGAAGAAAGUGAGAGUGGUUCCACCCACCACUACCUCAAGUGGCCUGAUCAUGACCUCAGACUACCAGCGUUCAAAUCCACAUGCUGCCUACCAGAACCCAGGACCAAGCACAUCACUGCCCCAGAGCAGCAUGGGCUACUCCUCUACCUCCCAGCAACCUCCACAGUACUCCCACCAGACCCACCGCUACUGAGCCUGCCCACGUCCUCCUGGCGCCCAAUAGUGAGAAUGUACUGGGGGGGGUGGAUGUGGCCACGGGACCCAACUCCAGCCAUCUCUACCCCACGGGCGCUUGACGUGUAGCGUUACCAUAGAGACACCACCACAGUAACUAAACACAAACUAACCUAAAGACACAUCCCAUCGCCGUGCCGACGGAGUGACAUUGGAACAUUGUCCUCAGCCGACAAAAAGGAAACCGGAGGAAGAAAUGCAAACUGAAAACAAUUGGAGGUGGAUAAAUACAUGUUUGUGCCAUGGGUCAUCGUUCCAAAGUAUAUGACCUUCCUCAAAAAAGAAGAUAAAAAAAUUGAAAAAAAAAAAAGUGAUGAAGCUAAAUGGCAAAAAACAAAACAAGCGAUCUCAUCAUGUGGUACUGGUUUGGCCUGAGGGUGGAUACCCCCCCCCCCUCGUGUUAGCAUCAGCAGAGCUCCCUUGCACCAGUCCCACCUGCUUUGAAUCUGAUGGCUCCUCCACAACUAAAGCUGCUAAAUGACUGCCAGUGGAGCGUAAUGUCUGUCCUUCAGUCUGUCUGUCUGUCUCUCUGUCUGCCCUUACACCUUACACAAAAACACAUUUAUAAGCGCAUACAAAGGUCAUUGCUGAGGCCUGUGCUGGAGUUACAGAAUGGAGAAAUAAUGAGUACGUUUAGUGCCCCCUGCUGGAGAACAGUGGUAGCGGCACCUGGGGAGGAGGGGUGCAGACGGCAGACAGAAACUUGAGUUUAGUAGUUUAUAAUUUAAUGUUUUGGCUUUGUUUUCACGUUAGGAGAGGUAAACAGCUUCCGUUUUUGCUGUGCCAGCAGCAGUUAUGUGCAGUGGGCAAGCCUUAGAACUUCAUGACAACCAGUUGCGUGGAGAGCAGAUUGAACAUGCAUUGUACUGUAUUGUAAUGAGAGAUUUUACAUGAAGCAAGUAUCCUGACAAUAAAGUUGGAAAUGUUUAAAAUGAAAUGUAGUAGCA